UCAGUGCAUGUGUGUAUGUGUGAGAGAGCAGCACAGAGCAAGAAAGAAAGAGGGAGCGAGAGACGAGUGUGUGUAAGCGGAGUGUGUGAGCGCGAAGCACCGGGGAUCCUGAGCCUGGAGGAGAGCCGUGUGAUGAGAGGGGGGCUCUUCUGCCUGUGGAUGUAUGUGCCAGGACAGCGUUUUUUUUAAGGGGAGCGUACGUGUGCGUGAAUGUGUGUGUGUGAGAGACAGUGAGUGUGGGCAUGACCGUGUGCGUGUGUGUAUGUGUAACAGUGUCGUCGAUCAGCGACGGGCUCUUCGCAUUAUGCAGCCGACGGUGCUCAUAACACUUUGAGGACUGACUCAUCUAGACCGGGCUGUGGAAACAGAAGAGAGAAAGACAGAUGGAUGGAAAGACAGGAAGACAGUUUUAGUCUCUUGAUGCUUUGGGUCCCUCUAGACCGUCCAAGGGUCUAGCCUGUUUGUGGGACGCCAGUAGCUUCACAGUGGCCCCCCUUGUUCCCCCACAAAUUGGAAUUGCAGACACAUAGCCAGACAGGUAGCCAAAAUUGCCAAAAAACCCUGAAAGGAAAAUAAAUCUCCGGUUGUCAUCUGUCUUGAAAGAAGGUUUUCAAUUCAUUUCUGCUCCACGGACUAGAACAAGAGGGUCUCCUGUCUCUGCGGGGUCUUUUUUCGCUUGACAUCGUUCUUUUUACGGGGGUUGCAGGAUCCUAUCCAGGAGAUAAGAGGCUGGCAGACGAGACGGGACAGACGCAGGCAUGGCUCGCCUCAACUGGUGCCUGGCUGCUGUCAUUAGCUGGGGCAAGUUCCUCUUCGCCUGCUUCUUUCCUCUGCGGGGGGCCAAGCGAGACAAGCCCGACGAGCUAGAGGGCGUCCACACACACACCUUCAAGCUGAAGCCAUUCAAGAAGGCCAAGAGCUGUGAUAUAUGCAAGCAGGCCAUCACCAAAGAGGGCCUCAUCUGCAAAGCGUGCCGGUUGUCCUGCCAUAAAAAAUGUGAAGUGAAGGUCACCACGUCAUGUCAAACGACUACCAACUAUGAGCAGCCUCCCACUCCUCAGCUGCCAUUAAAGCAUGUAGAUACACCGGGAUCUACGAGGUCCUGCAAGAGUGUGGAGAUAAGGCGAAAGCAGUCGCGGAGUCAGAGUGUUGUUCAGGCCAUGGAGGAGAGCUAUGAGGUGGACCUGGUCUACAUCACAGAGAGGAUCAUCUCUGUCUGUUUCCCCGCCGGCGCCGAGGAACGCAGCUACAUCACCAACCUCAAGGAGGUGGCGACGAUGCUGCGGUCCAAACAUGGCGAGCACUAUCUGAUACUCAACCUGAGCGAGUGGAGGAGUGACUUAUCAAAAUUAAACCACAAGGUUCUGGAGUUUGGCUGGCCAGACCACCAUGCACCGGCGCUGGACAAGAUCUGCAGCAUGUGCAAGGCCAUCGACACGUGGCUCAAUGGAGACCCGCGCAACGUAGUGGUACUACACAAUAAGGGGAACCGAGGUCGAACAGGGGUGGUGGUGGCUGCGUACAUGCACUACAGCAACAUAUCCGCAAGUGCUGACCAGGCGUUGGACAGGUUUGCCAUGAGGCGCUUCUAUGAGGACAAAGCACUUCCUGUGGGUCAGCCGUCACAGAGAAGGUAUGUGCAAUACUUCAACGGCCUUCUGUCUGGACACAUAAAAAUCAACAACAAGCCUCUGUUCCUGCAUCAUGUCAUCAUGCACGGCAUACCCAACUUUGAGGCCAAAGGAGGCUGCCGUCCUUUCCUGAAGAUCUACCAGGCAAUGCAACCAGUCUAUACGUCAGGAAUAUACAAUGUGCAAGGAGACAGCAACACCAGUAUCUGCAUCACUAUUGAACCCGGCCUGCUUCUGAAGGGAGACAUCUUGUUGAAGUGUUACCACAAGAGGUACAGAAACCCGACCAGAGAUGUGGUGUUCAGGGUGCAGUUCCACACCUGUGCCAUCCAUGACCUCGGGGUGGUUUUUGGGAAGAGCGAGCUGGAUGAGACCUUCAAAGGUAACGGCUCUCUGGAUGAGAGGUUCCCAGAGUAUGGGAAGGUGGAGUUUGUUUUCUCAUAUGGACCAGAAAAAAUCAAAGGCCUGGGCCACCUGGAGAAUGGGCCGAGCGUUUGUGUUGACUACAACACCCAGGACCAUCUGAUCCGCUGGGACUCGUACGAGAGCUUCAGCCAGCGCUGUGAGGACCCUGCGGAUGGCGAGCAUGAUGUUAUUCACACCCAAGGUCCACUUGAUGGAAGCCUAUAUGCCCGGGUCCGCAAGAAAGACUCCCUGGAGGGAGUUGUUGACAUCAAUGGCCUCCCAGUCCAUGAAAACCCCUUAACCAAUGCCGAAAACCCUUUACAACACCCCAACCAUCCCCUCCAAUCCACUGACCAGACGCUUCCUGUGACAGGUCACACCUCCCUCCCUGCCGUUGACCACACCCUCUCCGUGAGCAGCGACUCAGGCAACUCUACCGCAUCCAUCAAGACUGAUCGUACUGAUGAGCACACCCAAUCCGUGCAGAGUGCCGUUAACCACAACAAUCCAACAGCGACCCACCCACCGCUCAGCCCACAGGAGAAGAGAGAGCUUGACCAGCUUCUGAGCGGCCUUGAGGCACCAAUCCAUCAACGACAAGCCUACCUGUCCACGUCCACGAGUCCAGGAGGAGUUGUCCGACACCUGGUCCCAGCACAGGUGCACGUCAACGGGGGCCACACAAGGCUAGUUGGCGCCCCUUCAACAGAGGAGCGUGAGACAGAUAUUCUCGACGACGAGCUUCCCAAUAGCCAAGAAGGCAAUAGUGUGGACAGCUUGGGCACGCUGUCAUCCCUAGAGGGCCAGGCGACUGCAGCUGAUCUAUACUACCAAUCACAGACGCCAAUCAGCAGGCAGAACGACGGGCCCUACCUUGAGAGAGGUGUUCUUGGGGAAAAGUUGAGUGAGAUGCCUGUGCAUGGAGUACGAACUCCCACGGCAAUGCAAGAGAGGUCUGUGGACUCUGCAUCGCCACAGGGGGGAUACAACAACUACCAGAAUGGAGGAGGGAUGUACCGUUCACAGUCUUUUGGGAAUCCACCAGCCAGCAGCCCUGAGACCAACCCUAAACUGAUGCCCAGGGCCCCAGAGAGGAGCACCAGUAGCCGGGAGGCUGUUCAAAGAGGUCUCAACACCUGGCACCAGUAUAGCCUCCCAGAUGAUCCAUUUGGCCCUCCUCUUCAGUCAACCCAUAGCUUGCCCCACUUCCCCACCUCAGCCUCGCAGCGGGACAUUGAGCAGUCCAUCGAGGCACUCAACAUGCUUAUGCUCGACCUGGACCCAAUCAGCUCCCACAUGUCCAAGUCCCACAGUGCGCCUCCUGGGGAGAACAGCCUCAAUUCAUCCCAGGUACCCUUCUCCCAAACUCUUGCAAGACCCUCAUACCAAGCAGACUCUGCCAUCCACGGUUACAACAACUCCGGGUCUGUCAACAACUCCUUUCAUCAGCCCUUGCGGUCGACUGGUAGAGUCUCAGCAUUGCCCAACCAGAGCCCCGUUAUGGAGUCCCCGGUGUAUUCUGCCCAGAGGUCCAACGCCAGCUACCAACACCAAAACACCACCCCGACACACACCCCAGAGCCCUACCUCCACACACGCCAAGCAGCCCACCACUACCCUACAGAUCCCCCCUCUAAUUUCAACCAGCAGGUGCCAGUGAAGCCUGUGAACUCAUACCAAGGCAUGGGGGUUUCCCACUCCCCGGACCUGCAGGGUUCGUCUCCGUAUCCAGGCUACAGUGCCUCUUCCUCUCCUCUCCCUGUACUCACCCCCCAGCCCAAGGAUACAUCUUCUUCAUCAUUGCCCAGAGAACAAGAUGCAGAGGAGGAGACGCUAAACUUGGAGGGCCUGGUGGCUCACCGCAUCGCCGAGUACAACGCUCGUAUUCGGGGCAUCAGUGAAAGCAUAACACCGCAACAAUCUGACCGCCAUCGCUCCUAUUCCUUCUCUGGGGUUCGCUCCAGAGGAAUGACCCCAGAAGUGACCCAGGAGACCGGUCGGCGUCGGACCACCAGUGAGGGACAGUACCAGAGCAGCCAUGAUAAUAUGCCGACAGUGGAUUCACCAGACUUCGCACACAAUCUGGCCCUCAACCCAGGAGGAAGACCCAGAGAGGGUCCAAUGCACAGCUACCGGGAGGCGUUUGAGGACGACGAGGCAGACAGGUUUACCAACAGUCCCACCUUUGGAGGCGGUGGUGAGAAUUCCCCCCAGACCCCCAGCUUCCCCGUGUCGCCACAGACUCCUUACUUCAACAUGUCUCGCUCUCCUCUAGGUUUGGCCAAGACUCCUCUGUCAGCGCUGGGACUCAAGCCUCAUCAACACGGUGGAUCAGACUCUGAUGAUGGAGAGCAAGAUAAUCGCAGUUUUGGGGACUCCAGAGCGCAAGUGUUCAACGCUCCUCUCGCGUCCAGCAGUCCCAUCCACAGCGCCGAAGGAAGGAGGAUUGGUUCUUCAGAUGGCGCCACGCACAGCCCCGCCCCCUCCUACCCUCACAGACCCGCCUCCCCCGAGGGCUCCCAGGUCAACAUCAUGGGCGUCCACACCGUCCCCGGCAGCCCCAACACCCUCCACCGCACAGUGGCCACCAACACGCCACCGAGCCCUGCUCUCCAGAGACGCCUGGGUCAAGCCAGCCCCUCACUGGCCAGACACCUGCCUCCAUCUGGUGGUAACAUCCCCUCCAGCCCUCUGAUUGGCCGAAACCCUAAAACAGCAGUCGGUGUGCCUCCUAGCCCUCUGAUGGGGCGCCGCACAGCAGCAAGCGGCCACAGCACACCUGAUGAGCUGGGGGCUGCUUCUCGUCAGGGGAGCGCCCAAACGCCCUCCACGCCUGCCUUCCCCAUCUCCCCACAGCUGCCGGAGAAGAGACACAUGUCCAGCGGAGACGCAGAGAGGACAGACAACAAGAACCUGACAGCCACACCGGCCAGCGGUGGCAGCACGCCAAACCUGUCUGGCACACACACACUCCCAGACAUCUCAAAGUCCAUAUAUGAUAGUUAUCCAGACAUUAAGAUGAAUGUCAAGUUUGUCCAGGACACCUCCAAAUACUGGUACAAGCCAGACAUCUCCAGAGAGCAAGCCAUCAAUCUGUUGAAGGACAGGGAGCCCGGGGCGUUCAUCAUAAGGGACAGCCAUUCCUUCCGCGGAGCCUAUGGCCUGGCCAUGAAGGUGGCCUGCCCGCCACCAACCAUCCAACAGAACAAAAAAGUUGGUGACCUGACAAAUGAGCUGGUGAGACAUUUCCUGAUUGAGACGAGCGCCAAAGGUGUUCGUCUGAAGGGUUGUCCCAAUGAACCCUACUUUGGUUGCCUUUCUGCUCUGGUGUACCAACACUCGAUGACUCCACUGGCUCUGCCCUGUAAGCUGAUGAUCCCCACCAAAGACCCAAAUGAAGAGGCGUUGGAACUUGCCACACCUACUGAUCCAGUUGUUGAACUUCUGAAGCAGGGAGCAGUUCAGAAGGUUCCUGAGGACGCCCACGCGUGCAAUGUUCUCUACAUCAACUCUGUGGACAUGGAGUCUCUCACGGGGCCUCAGGCCAUUGCCAAGGCGAUCAGUCAGACACUGGCGACCAACCCUCUGCCUGAUGCGACCACCGUCCACUUCAAAGUGUCGACGCAAGGCAUCACACUCACUGACAGUCAGAGGAAACUUUUCUUCAGGCGACACUAUCCCAUCAACACGGUAACCUACUGUGACAUUGAUCCCCAGGACAGAAAAUGGGGCAAAGAAGGAGGUGGUUCAGUGAAGCUUUUUGGAUUUGUCGCAAGGAAACAAGGAAGCACAACAGAUAAUGUCAGCCACCUGUUUGCUGAGCUGGACCCAGAUCAGCCCGCCUCCGCCAUCGUCAGCUUCGUCUCCAAAAUGAUGAAGCGGUGAAACCCCAAACGUCCAGAUGGCAGUGGCCAUUUUGAAAUCUUCCUUCGUCAUUGGUGUCUUUUUCGCCAGGACUCAAUGAUGUCCUUAUUUUCUGUUUCCUGUUGGUUUGUUUCUCUUUCCCUUCUCUCUUUUUUUCUCUCUGCCUUGCUGGUUUGUCUUGACUUCGGUCUUUUUUGGAAGAGUCUCUAUUUGAAGGAUUUGGUGUGGAUCCAGAGUGGCGCUAGUGGAUGUGUGGUGUGGAGCUGUGAACGUGACAAACAUGGAGGCCAUUGAAGGGAGAAAAUUUACUCACAGGGUAACCUGUGCUACAAGAAAAUGCUAGCUAAAGACUAAAGGAACAAUGCUAAGUUCGGUUGGGGAACAUGUAAGGACUCGUAUGUUUCAGGGUUUUCUGUUGUCGUUUUGUUGAUUGAUUUACCAAAGGUAGUUGCAACACAAGUGCAAGAAUGAUGUAGCUAUUAAGCCAUUAUUAUUUCCUCUUUUCAAAAGAUGAAGUGUUGAACAAAAAAAAAGAAAAGAAAUACGGUUUCUUCUUGAACUUGUCUUCAGGAAAAAAGUUGGCCUUGAUGGCUUUUAGCAAAACAGUGUCUGAAGACCUUAUGCAUGUUAGCUUGAUCUUAAAGCUUGGUUCUUCUACCUUCCACAAAAGUCAUUGUGAAAUCCUUAGAGUGGUCAUUUCCGGGUCUGUUGUGUGUUGGAAAGGGCUCUGCAGUGAAACAACGACUGAUCUAAACUGCGCAUAGCAGACCAGACUAAAAAAAAACACCACGCUAAGGUCACCGCACUUUUUGUCAGCGCAGCCACACUUCCGCCUCUGGUCCAAGCCUGAUCUCUCUCUCAAAACUUGCUUAUUGGAUUACGUUCGCCUGAAAUCAGCAAGCUCCUGAUAGCAUGGCAGACAGAGAGAGGAAGACUGUUUGUCCACAAGAUGGCACCACUCAUUCAGGCUUGGACCCUGCCCCUAGACUUGCCCAUCACCAACUGCUUGCAGUAGUGGAUCUGUUGAUAGACGCUGCCACUGAAACACACUGGAAAUCACCAGGGACUGGCCCCAUGACCUGGACCUAUGCACUGUUCUUUAUGCAUGUUGUUGUCCCAAAAUGCACCCUCCCUCAUAGCUACAUUCAACAUCACUGAAAACAUUCUAUGCUUUGUGCUAAAAACGACUUAAAAACCUUUAGACAAGUACACUGAGGUUGUAUGACUUGUCAAAGACUGCAUGAAAUAGACAACAUUUUUAUACUCUUCUUAGAGUCCUGAAAAGAAGUAGACAACCCAUUGUUGAAGUAGUCACAUGAUGGUGAGAUGCUAUAUUUUUACUUUCUUUAUUUUUGGUCCAUUUGAGCCAGGGUUACCUUUCACUGUAUCAAGGACAGUCCUGUCUUUGUUUUUCGUUCCACAGUGUCGUCAAAAUUUACAUUUAGAUAUCUUUUAGGGCAAAGAAAAAAACACACAAGGAGUUUCCACACUGUGCUCAAAUGCCUGCUUGUUGAACACACGCUCAACCAUUCACAAUAAGCUAAGGAAAAUUGAUAUUGAUAUAAAUGUACAUAGAUAUACUACUUUGAAAGGUGACAUAGCGAAAAAGUAUUUAUUUUUGUUGCUUUGGUCCCUCAUGAUUACUCAUAUAUACAUAUAUUGUACAGUCUAGAUAAAGAAGAUUACCUAAUGGGUUGAGAAAAAAAUAUAUACUUAUUUUGGCUAAUGAUUUCAAAGUCUGACGAUUUUGAAAUGUGUUUGAAUAUAUGGUGUACAUUACUUUGUACAUGUAUAUGUUUGUUUUUGGCUAGUCAUGUUUUUCAUUUUUGCGUUCUCUCAGAACGAGGUAGGGCAUGAAUGAGAUUGAAGCCAAGAGUCUGAAUUGCAUGGACAGAAGCAUUUGAGUGUGUUUCAACAGCAGAAACACACUCAUAGAAGCAAAUGCGUUGUAGCUGUUAGAUCUUAAGGUAAAGACAUGCCGAUUUUAGUAAAGGGAAGCACGAAAAUGUUCAGCAGCCAACCUCAAAUGCAAUAUGAAAACAGCUGUAUGCACCCAUGACAGUUACAAUUAUAAUUUUGCCAAAGAUUCAAACACUUUACACAUCUAUGCUGACUGGCUGCAUGUCGCUUUUUAUGUUCAACUGCUACUCAGUUUCUAUUUUUGUGUUUCACACACCUCGCUCAGCAUUAGCAGCAAAUUUACGAAAGCUCAACCAGCCAGGACACAGAAAUUAUAGAGUUAUUGGUCAUAUAAGUAACACAGGGGCCCUUGCAUUUAUACAUCGAGACAUUCAGCUGCAGAUGAUGAAAGCAUGAACUUUUUAAAAAUUUGUUUUAACUGGUGUCUCAAUGCUCCAAAUAUGUGCCCCCAAUUGGAAGUGUGUAAACAAAGCACGUGUAUUCACAAUACCAAAAGAGAAGUGACAUAAUUCCAUAUGGGUGUCAGUGCUGGAGGUAAAUAAUGUUAGACGUGUCUCACUGCGAUGCAGAAGCUCUAUAGUUGCAGCAUUGUUAGACUGCCAAAGGUGUCUUCUCUGGCCCUCUCGAAAGUCAGUGAUUUAUUUAUUCUUAUUUAUUCUUUUGUUUUUCCUGACAUGUUUUUAAAAAUCUUGUUUCAUCGUCGCAUUAUCACAUUAUCGCAGUUUUAACGGUCAGUGUUAACGAAUGGAGGAAUGUACGGUGGCGCUUUUUUGAAAGCAAAGAGGUACAGUGCACUUAAAUCGACUACUAGCGAGCUUUAGCAAUUUUUAGUCAUUUGGAGAAAACAAAACAAAAACAAAAAAUAAAAAAAUACAUGUUCUCUAAAUAAAAAAAAUCAAAAAUUGCAUUGUACCUGUUGGCUUUGAGUCAAGAGUUACCUUGUUUCAGUGAAAAAGAAGUGAUUUCUGUGACUCGUAUGUACAGAUGGGACUUGAUGUAUGAAUGUGCUACUAUGGAUGUACAAAAGGGUCUCAGAUUUUGUUUGCGCUUAUCAUUUACAUUAUAUUGUCAUGGCUUACCUGUUCCUAAGGAGAAAAAAAACAUUAAAGCAAUACAAAUCAGUUACAUUAAAGCUA